AUGUCCCGUCACCAAAACCCGCCUUUCCGCGCAGAACACCUGGGCUCUCUGCUUCGUACAGAGGCUCUAGUCCAGAAGCGCGACCUCUUGACCGAGGGCAAAGCCACCCGCGAAGAAUUGAUCCCCAUUGAGGACCAGGAUAUCAAGGACAUCGUCGCAAAGCAAGAAGAGCUCGGCUUCCGCGGUAUUACUGAUGGCGAAUAUCGACGACACAUGUUCUGGGGCUCCUUCUUCCCCAACCUGGAAGGCUUCACACAAAUCAUGAAACCCUCCGCGGACAUGUUCCGUCUGUACAUGCCCGACAUCGCCGCUUUCGUAGAAGAAAAAGUCGAGCCCGGCGAGACGGUGGUUUGCGAUGGUAAAAUCAAGCAUGUUGGCAGCAGCUACGUUGAGGACUUCAAGUAUUUGGCUGGUCUUGUCAAGCCCGAGGAAGUCAAGAAUAUUAAAAUCACUCUUGCCGCGCCUAACUGGUACCAUAUGCGAUACAAGGAAGGAUAUGCCUAUAGCAAGGAUGCCUAUUCUUCGGAUGAGGAGUACUUUGCUGAUAUUGCAAAGGCGUAUCAGGAGGAGUUGCGCAUUUUGUACGAGGCCGGUUGCAGGAAUGUGCAGUAUGAUGAUCCUAACCUUGCCUACUUCUGCUCCGAAAAGAUGAUCGAAGGCUGGAACGCCGACUCUCUCAACAAAGGCACAACCGAAGACCUCCUUGACAAAUACAUCAAACUCUACAACGACUGCAACGCCAAGCGUCCGGCCGACUUCCACGUCGGCGUGCACUUGUGCCGCGGCAACUUCCACAAUUCCCGCCACUUCUCGGAAGGAGGAUACGACCGUAUCGCCAUUAAGCUGUUCAAGGAGUUGGAUGUCGAUACUUACUACCUCGAAUACGACACCCCCCGUGCCGGCGGCUUCGAGCCUCUCAAGGAGUUGCCCGUCACCAAGAACGUGAUUUUGGGUGUCGUAACAUCCAAGUUCGAUACCAUGGAGGACAAAGAAGAAAUGAAGAAGCGCAUCAUUGACGCUGCCGAAUUCAUCGCAAAGGGCAACAACAUCUCCGUCCAAGAGGCGCUUAAGCAGUGCGGUGUCAGCCCCCAGUGCGGAUUUGCCUCCCACCACGGCGGAAACGCCAUCAGCCGCGAGGGCAUGCUUAAGAAGUUGAAGCUUGUGCGUGAGAUUGCCGAUGAGAUUUGGCCCAAUGAGCCUUAA